CGAAACCUAACCUGAUCUAACCUCAAACUUUAAUUUACGUCAUUCGCAAAGAGCUCGCAUUUUGAAAAAAUUUAAACGAUAAUACCUAUCGUUAAAAUAUGAGGAAGAAUCAUAAAGUAUGACAUGCUACGUGAUAAAAGCUCGUCGAGAUAAUUUAUAUUGAUCAAAACUUCGGAGGGGAAGCCAUUUUUGCGAUUUGCUUAUUCGUAGGUUUGAAAUAGUGUCUAGUAAGUAGUACGUCAAGCUUACGCCAGUCUGUGAUCGCAUUAUUACGAAUGGAUUUUGGCGAAAAUUAAGCGAAAUAUCGGGAGACAUCCCAAACGAGGGUAAAAAAAAAAAGAACGGACUUUCCUCGAUACAAUGUCGUGUUUGCUGCACUUGUGAACGAAUAAUAAAUCCGAGCGAUAUCAAGAACGAUGUUUUGUUGUCUGAGAAACUGUUUUGACGGCCUCGGCUUCGCCGCGACUCAAGUUCCGAAGCGAGAACGAAAUCCCAUCGCCUUAGACACGACUCAUAUGGGAAAUGAAGUAGUAAUAGUGAAAAAUGGUCUAAGAAUAUGCGGAAAUGGUGGUGCCUUAACAAAUGCCCCUCUUGUUCAGAGUAAAAGUUAUUUUGAAGUAAAAAUACAGCAAGGUGGUAUAUGGGCUAUUGGGCUAGCCAGAAGUGAUACGGAUCUCAAUGUUGCCGAAGGAGGAAAGGACUCGGAAAGUUGGGCACUCAAUUGGGAUGGUAUUGUAAGGCAUAAUCAGCAAGAACUCCACAAGAUUCAAAAUCCUGCACAGGAAGGGGAUGUUAUUGGAGUAUCCUAUGACCAUAUAGAAUUAAAUUUUUAUUUAAAUGGAGAAUCCAUGAAUGCUCCAGUUACAAAUAUAAAGGGACGAGUUUAUCCAGUGUUAUAUGUUGAUGAUGGAGCCAUCCUAGAUUUAAUUCUAGAGAAUUUUAUCUAUGCUCCACCAAUGGGCUUCGAAAAAAUAAUGCUGGAGCAAUCAUUGCUUUAGCAGAAUGACAAAAAGUGAAAUAAAAAUGAAAUAAUAAUCAUGGUCAAAAUUGAUAAUUGUUCGUCCAUUUCGCGAUUUUGAUUAAUCAUUGGAACUAAGCUAAGAAUAAUUUAAUAAGAACAAAUCUCAAAUAGAGGAGAAGGCAUAGUAUUAAGAAACAAUGUCACAAAGUAUAAAUGUUUGUCAUAAUAACUGCAUGAUAUGUGUGGAUGUAUUUAAAAAAACGAGAUGCGUGGAAUAAAUAAUUUGCCUAAUACUA